AUUCAUCCCAUGGCCGUCGCACUGUGACGUCUUUCAGAGAGCUUUGUGAUUGCUCAGCCCUAAGGAUAAGCCCUAUAAAAUGAUGGAUUUUGAAAUGCUGGUCAGAGUAGAGUGAAGAGCAGGAGCUGACACAAGCAGCCAACCCUUAGCCAGUACUAAGGGCAGAGAACUGGUGGAAACUGUCUCUUGCUACCAGUACUUCAGCACCGAAGACAGCUCUCACACUCUCCAGGACACGAAGUUCCAGAGGAACACUACUCAGCAAGAGGCACAGAAAUGGAAACCAGAAGUAAGCCCCAGCUCCUUGUGCUCCUGAUCCUUCUCAGUGGUCUCUUCUCGCCAAUGUUGGCAUGGCCUGUUUUGGGGCCACCUUCUACUCUGAGGGUGGGUGACAGAAUGCCUUUUGAGGCAGCAAAUGAACCUGAUCAAGUUUCCUUAAAAGCAGACACUGACAUCCUGCAAAAUGCAUUAGCUGAAAAUGACACACCCUAUUAUGAUGUAUCCAGAAAUGCCAGACAUGCUGAUGGAGUUUUCACCAGUGACUACAGUAGACUCUUGGGUCAAAUUUCUGCCAAAAAAUACCUUGAGUCCCUUAUGGGAAAACGAGUUAGCAGUAACAUCUCAGAAGAUCCUGUACCAAUCAAACGUCAUUCAGAUGCAGUCUUCACUGACAAUUAUACCCGCCUUAGGAAACAAAUGGCUGUAAAGAAAUACUUGAACUCGAUUCUGAAUGGAAAGAGGAGCAGUGAGGGAGAGUCUCCCGACUUUCCUGAAGAGUUAGAAAAAUGACGAAUAAACUCUUUGGAGCAAAGCUGAUGACAACUUCCCAGCGAAUUCUUGAAGGAAAAUGAUAGACAAAGUUAUUAAAUUUUGAGUUCUACAUACGUAGUUCAAGAAAACAACUUCAAUAUCAAAACCAAAUACAAUAUAUUGUGUUGUGAAUGUUGUGAUUUAUUUUAUCUAAUGUAAUAAAUGUGAUGUUUACAUUGUAAAUAUUAUUUGAGAGUUCUACAUUUUGUCUUUAACUCAUAAAAGCCUGUAAUUUCAUAUGCUGUAUAUCCUUUCUAACAAAUAAUAUAUUUAAUGAUAAGUAAAUACUAGGUUAAUUCCAAUUAUAUGAGACUUUUUGAAAGAGUAGUAAUAGAGCAAAAUUGAUGUGUUUAUUUAUAGAGUGUACUUAAGUAUUCAGAACAGAUCAUCAGUGUGUCUAAACUGGAUUAAUAAGCAGACAGAAUGCUGUGUUAAAUGAACCUCAUCAUGUCUAAGAGGAUAACAACGAAGAGAAAAAGACAUUCUUCAAAAAAAGAUUUUCAGAAAUUCUCAUGUGUUUCCACAUUUGUAGGUAACCUCUAUUUUUAAUGGGAUUUAAAAUCUCAAAUUUGGAUUGCUAAUCACCAAAGGCUUUCUCUGGAUCUAGUGUUUCAGUUAAGGAAAAGGACCUCUAUUUCUGACAUUAGACUUUCCCUCUAUGCUUGUGUUAAGUACAUAUAGAAUGUAAACUGAAUUGAAUACAUGUUUUUCAUUAAUAAAUAUUUUCUCCAUCAUCUCUCAGAAUAAUGCUUUGGUCAAUGAAAGUAUAUUUGGAGACAUAACUAUUUUUCCAAAGUGAUUGUGAGAAAUCAAAUAUAGAAAAUAAAGACCUUUGAUUAUCAUUGCAGAUAA